AUGGAGAGGCUGUUGGCUAGCAGUGUGGGACUAGGAGAGGCUUGUGGAGCAGUGUGGGGACUUAGGAAGGCUUGUGGAGCAGUGUGGGACGUAGAGAGGCUUGUGGAGCAUUUAAGUGAAAAGAAUGUGAAUAUUUGUGAGUGGUGGGUAAGAUGUUGUGUUUUUGUCUUCAGGUUGAUUCUUGAGAAAGAAGGAGCCCGCUCUCUGUUCAGGGGCCUGGGGCCUAACCUAGUGGGCGUGGCCCCCUCCAGAGCCAUCUAUUUUGCUGCAUACUCCAGUGCCAAAGAGAGAAUGAAUGGAGUGUUUCAGCCGGACUCUACACAGGUCCACAUGGUGUCUGCUGGCUUGGCAGGGUUCACAGCCAUCACAGCUACCAACCCUAUCUGGCUCAUCAAGACUCGCAUGCAGCUGGACUCCAGGAACCGCGGGGAGAAGCCCAUGAAUGCGUUUGAGUGUUUGCRGCGGGUAUACCAGACAGAAGGCCUGCGAGGGUUCUACCGGGGAAUGUCAGCGUCCUACGCUGGAAUCUCAGAGACUGUGAUCCACUUUGUCAUCUAUGAGAGCAUCAAGCGGCGCAUCCUGGAGGCCAAGGCCACGCAGCACAUGGACGAGGAGGAGUCGUCGUCCAAGGAUGCCUCGGACUUUGUGGGGAUGAUGCUCGCCGCCGCCACCUCCAAGACCUGUGCCACGUUCAUCGCUUACCCCCACGAAGUGAUCCGGACCCGGCUACGGGAGGAAGGCACCAAGUACCGUUCCUUCUUCCAGACUCUGACCACGGUGCCCAAGGAAGAGGGCUACCAGGCGCUGUACCGCGGCCUCACCACCCACCUGGUGCGCCAGAUCCCUAACACUGCCAUCAUGAUGUGUACCUACGAACUAGUGGUCUACAUGCUAAACGGGUAACCUUUGUCCCUUGACCUACGACCCCAGAUUAAACCCUAGAGAUGGGUCUACUCCCCACGUUGGACCAAUGGCACAAAGAGACCCCCAAGAAACAGGACAGGGACCAGGUACUGUCAUCUCUCACACCUCCAGUCCCUCCAUCCUGUCUAAAACGAGAGCAAAUUGUCCCAAAAGCACCCUGUUUUGGGAUGGGGAGUUGGGUUGUUUUCAGGGGUGCACGACACAGGAAGAGGGGUUGGUAGACAGGAAAUSACCAUGUUUGUCUUGGGAAUAUGGUUUAAAGGUGUUUAAAAAGAAGCGGUGUCAUUGAAAAUGAGUUCUUAGGAGCCCUUUCUCCUUUUCUUGCCCUCUCUUAUCGUCUCUCCUAAAUAAGCUUCUUUACACGAGCAUAGGUUACUGGAGCAGGUACAGUGGGGAGAACACUCAAGCUAUUUUAGUCUAACAAUACUAAUMAUUUCUCUGGUUUGUGUGUCAAGGGGGCAAUUGGUAGUAGAGGCUUGUUGAGUGCAGGGAGGUCUUAAGAAUAGGGUUGAAGGUUUGAGCGAGGUGGAUAGGGGACGUGCCUUGCCUUGCCUGACGACUUCAACUGUCCUGUAUAGAUGCACAAUAGUGAUGUGAGGUUGAGGAAGAGGAGCAAAGGUCAGACCAGCCCUGGUUUCUGGAUCUCAUUAGACCACAGUUGGACCGCAGGCAUUCAGAACCACACACAGUUCUCGUCGGGUCCACUUUGCACUCAGGACCAAGCCCCCCACCCCAGUUGGUCAACAAGCUCACAGGUCGUCCCUACAGGGGCUAGUCCACUGCCAGGCCUAACCCAACCUCUGUGACUGGCUGGCCCUGACUAACACUAUAAGGAUUGAUACUCUGACUCAUACUGGAAGYUUAAACACAUGCAGCAGUCUUUACAGUGUUCUCUUUGUGUGGGUGUUCUGUAAAGUGGGUGAUAGUAAGAAACUUUUGACCCACUCCCUCAUACCACCCAGACUGACCAGAAUCAUCUGCCAUUUUAAACUACUUGAAUGUUAAUCAACACAAGGAAUAACAAAUGAAAGACUAUGGGUCUCACAUCAGAUGGCAACCUUGUGUGAAUAUUCUGAGAGAAAAAAUUAUAAGAGAAUGCAUAAAAAGUUUACAAACUUAACAAGACAAUUAUAUGAAAUCGUAUAAAUGUCUUCAUAAGAUGUAACAUUGUUGCAUUUUUCUGCCCAGUCAUGGGAGUGUAAACGAUAUGUUUUUUGGGGGAUUGGAGGGUGAACCUCUGAACCCCCAGGUUUCCCCUUUGACACACAGUAUGUGAUUCUUUCUGCAGACCUGCUCUGAACCCCCAGGUUUCCCCUUUGACACACAGUAUGUGAUUCUUUCUGCAGACCUGCUCUGACCCCCCAGGUUUCCCCUUUGACACACAGUAUGUGAUUCUUUCUGCAGACCUGCUCUGACCCCCCAGGUUUCCCCUUUGACACACAGUAUGUGAUUCUUUCUGCAGACCUGCUCUGACCCCCCAGUUGCAUCUCUUCUUUCUCUGCCUCAGAAUCCAAGCAAGUGUUACAGAUGAGACAAUCCUCUGUCCGGUGUUCACUUUGGGAAUAGAUGGGAUUCUCUUGAGUGUACGUGUGUGAAAUGCUACACGAGAAGGAGACCCUGUGUUGUCUGUCCCCAUACUUUAUGCAGUAUAUGUUUUUUAAAGAAAACAAGCUGACUGCAUUUGAGAAUUUUUUUAAAUGUUUUAUUCUGAC